GUUUGCAGAUUUCUCUACACUCAUUCCCUCCCUCUUUGGAGACAUAAAGGACACUGUCUCCAUCCAAGAAGCAUGUUGAGUCCAUCUUAAAUGACCUGAGGCACAACAAAUGUACGUCCAACAGUUAUCCUCCAUUGAAGGCAAAGCGGUCGUAAAUAUUGUCUUUGAGGAGCAAUUUAAAUGAAAAUGUAAUCUCGGAUUUUUGAAUGAAUGGGUGACAACUUUCUUGAUAUGCUAAUGUGCUUGAAAAGUACUUGUAAUCUUGUGGCACUGCUUGAGAUUUGAAACCCACAUGCAAAGACUAUACUGCGGUGUAUGAUAAUGUCACUUCUGUAUUUGUCUUGUCAGGCACAUUAUUAAGGUAUUAGUGAUCUUUAAAGCAUGGCAACAGCUGAUGUUUUUGCUGAACAGCUUCUUUUUAAUGAAUCUGCAAAUGUUCCUGACAUAACUGCAGUGGAGCUUUCAUAUUUAUUUUGUAUUUUUGGUGGCUCUUUGUCAGUUCUCAUAAUGUGUGGAAACCUGCUUGUAAUAAUCUCCAUUGUUUACUUCAAACAGCUCCACACUCCUACAAACUUUCUGAUGCUCUCUCUGGCUGUGGCUGACCUGCUAGUUGGACUUUUAGUUGUGCCUUUCAGCAUCAUUAUUAUUAUGAGCUUAUAUUGGCGUCUCAAUGAUUUCCUGUGUAUGGUACGGAGCAGCUUAGAUGUUAUACUGUGCAAUACCUCCGUUUGGAACGUGUGCUUCAUUUCUGUUGACAGAUAUUACGCAGUGUGUCAGCCUCUGAGAUACAGAAAUAGAAUAACUGUGCGUGUUAUUUUGAUCAUGAUCAUGGUGUCCUGGACAUUAGCCACUCUAAAUGGAAUUAUUUACACGUUAAAGACCCCAGACAAAGGACAAAAAAACGAUAGAUGUUUAAUAUUUCAACAGAAAUCACAGAAUACAAUAGUUGUGGUAGUUUUUAUUUCAUUUGGCUUCCCAGCUAUUUUGAUGUCUUCAAUCUACCUAAAGAUUUUGAUGGUGGCACAGAAACAGGCACGCAGCAUCCAGAGCAUGGCAAAAUCUACUGCAGCUGUCAGUAAAGUGGAGAGAAAGGCGACAAAAACUCUGGCUAUUGUGAUGGGGAUUUUUCUCAUGAGUUGGACGCCUUUCUUUCUCGCUAUGAGCUUUCAUCCUUUGAGCAAUUAUACAAUACCAGUUCAUGUACUUCAGUCAUUUAAGUGGCUUGGAUGGUCAAAUUCAAUGUUCAAUCCAUUUAUUUAUGCUUUCUUUUACAGCUGGUUUCGAUCAGCUUUUAAGAUGAUCAUUACAGGGAAAAUAUUUACAGAUGAUUUUUCUAAUUCUAAACUCUCGUGAUUCAUUAUAUGAUUUACUCAACCUGUCCUCCAACUGCGAAGCUACUAGAUACCACUUCCAAGGUACCAGG